GUUUUCAGAUGCCGAUUUAUGGGUUGGCUAUAGUCGUCAUCGUAGCAUUAUUUUGGUGCGGUUCGGAGUUCACCUUUUGUCUACGCAAUGUGAGCAAAACCGCCCUCAAAGCUCAAGUGAAGGAGAUGUUCCUUCAUGCUUAUUACAGUUACAAGAAUAAUGCAUUUCCUGCCGACGAACUUAUGCCGCUCAGUUGUAGAGGCCGAUACCGGUGGGAAGGGAUAAACAGAGGUGAUAUAGAUGACGCUCUAGGCAAUUUUUCACUUACAAUGCUUGAUGGCCUUGACAGUUUGUUUUUAGUCGGAGAGCUGGACGAAUUUGAUAGUGCUGUAAAGUCUGUGGUGGAAACUGUGAGGUUUGACGCAGAUGUAGAUGUUUCAGUUUUCGAAACUAACAUUCGUGUUCUUGGAGGUUUAUUGGGUGCUCACAUUGCUGCUGUUUCAAUUAAGGCAAAUAGUAAUUCUCGAAUGAUUUGGUAUAAUGAUGAUUUAUUGAAAAUGGCCAUAGAUAUUGGCAAUCGAUUGUUACCGGCUUUUGAUACACCAACUGGAAUUCCUUAUCCUAGAAUCAAUCUACGAUAUGGAUCAGCUGGUUUAAAAAAACAUGAGGAGCAUACGUGUACUGCGUGUGCCGGCACAAUGAUACUUGAAUUCGCCGCUUUAAGUCGACUAACUGGAAAUCCAAUUUUUGAAGAGAAAGCAGUUAAAGCAAUGGCAUUCCUAUGGAAACAACGUAAUCGGUAUUCAGAUCUUGUCGGUCGUGUUAUCAAUGUACGCAAUGGUGAUUGGGUUCGUCAAGAAUCAGGUGUCGGUGCAGGUAUUGAUUCAUACUAUGAAUACUUGUUAAAAGCGUAUAUCUUACUCGGUGAACCAGUCUACCUACAUCGUUUUCAAACACAUUAUGAAGCUGUGAAUCGUUAUGUUGGCGGUCCACAUUCAGCCGAAUUUCCUUUUCUUUUCUUGGAUGUACAUAUGCAUCGACCAGCUCAACGUGCACGAACAUUUAUGGAUGCAUUACUAGCUUUCUGGCCUGGUAUACAGGUACUUACAGGUGAUGUGAAACGUGCAGUUGCAUUACACGAAUUAUUAUAUUUAAUUCAUAAACGUAAUAAAUUAUUACCUGAAGCAUUUACACCAGAUUUCAAUGUACACUGGGGUCAACACCUACUUCGUCCAGAGUUGAUUGAAUCCACCUAUCUAUUGUAUCGGGCUACACAAGAUCCGUAUUAUUUACAAGUUGGUGAACAAAUUGUCAAUGAUUUGGAGAAAUAUACACGUGUACCAUGUGGUUUUGCAGCAAUCAAGGAUGUUCGAACUAUGGAGCAUGAAGAUCAAUUUGACUCGUUUGUAUUAGCAGAAACCUUCAAGUAUCUUUAUCUAUUGUUUGCUGAACCAUCUGAUAUUCCAAUCAAUUUGGAUGAUUACAUCUUUACAACAGAAGCACAUCUUCUACCGUUGAGUCUUUCACGUCAACGUUAUCCAACUGAUGUUAGUAUCAAUACUAUAGUGAAUAGAUCACAAGAGAUUAAUUCAAUGCCUUCUUCAAUGUCUUCUGCCUCUUCAGUGUCUACACCAAAUCAUCAUGGUGAUCGAGAUGUUAAAAUUGAAAGACUUCUUCAUAAGGCAGCUCAGUGUAUAGCUGUUGGAUAUGAGAAAAGACGAACCAGAAAUACUGUCCAGUGUAUGCUGAAUACAUCAACAAUGAAUUCUGACACUAGUUCUAACAGCAUCAAUGAUGAUAGUACUAGUUCUAGUAAUAGCGGUGACAGUCGUGUUAGUCAGCACUUGGAUUUAACAACGUGUGAUAUCUCUGAAACACCUGGUCUAUCUUAUAGUCGUUAUAUAAACCGAUCACCGAAAUGUCAUAAUGCAUCGAUGAAAACUUUGUCAAAAUCGCAUAUUUGGCGUAUUAUUGACACUAUACGACAACCAUUACGUCAAAUAGCCAUCAAUCUUGACCAUUCAGUAGUCAGUGAUUAUACUAAUAAACAGGGUAAAAUGAUGUUUCAACAGUCAUCAUUACCAUUAAAAGCGAUUGACUUUCAACCGGAUAAUAUAGAACAUUUGAACACAUUAAAACGGAUGGGUAUAUCAUUAACAUUCAGUCAAGAUGGACGCAUAACGCUGACACAUCAUCAUAAUGCUGCUACAAGUGCAGAAGAGGCAGACUUGGCGACUGCAGGAGUUAUGUUCAUUCAAGAGCUGAUCACUUUAACCAAUAAGAAACAAAGUAUAAAUGGUCUUACAGUUGAAAAUCGUUAUGUCGUUGUAAUAAAUGCACCGAGUUAUGGUUUUAUAAGAUUUUCUGCUUGUCCUGCACACUUUGGUAUAUUCCCUGGAGAAGAAAUACAAGGUGAACAACAAGAUGAGGAAAGAAGUCAAGCAAUAAACACAUUUGAUAAAGAAAUUGGACAACAGUCAACAGCAACACUAUUGUCGUCGUCAUCGGUGAAUUCCAGUGAGACAAGAAAAGCCACUUGGCAACCUUUAGUUGGACCUGUACGUGUAGUUGACCCAAUCGAUGCGUGUAAACCUAUCACAAAUGACAGUUAUGCUUACCCAUCAGACAGUCUAUCAUGGAAUCAGAAUCCAACAGAAAUAGGGAUUAACUCUCCGAGUAGCAUAGAGAUUAUGCUACAGAGUAAAGGCCCAAUAUCUGGUUCUAUCGGUAUUGUUCGUCGAGGUGGUUGUGUAUUUGUUGAGAAGGCUUAUCAUUUGGCUCAAGCCGGUGCUAUCGGUGUCAUUAUAGUUGAUAAUAAACCAGAGACAUCAAGUGAAACUGGCCCACUAUUUGCAAUGUCUGGAGAUACUGAUGUAAUGAGCAACAAAAUUCGUAUACCUGUUGUCUUGUUAAUGGGUGUAGAACGUGAUAAAUUAUUUAAUCUAAUGCGUACACACUGGAAUCGAACUAGUCAACCAAUGACUGUAAUGUUAACUAAAGAAUAUGAUCCUGGAGAAUCUUUUAAUACGGCAGCGUUGUCGAUAAAUACGGAAAACAGAGCUAUUACUCUCAAUGAUUCAAACAAUAUUGAAGCCUUAGAAAGUGGAUAUUCAUCUUUUGAAUUGAUCAGUGAUCUAUAUCAAUCACCUUUUCAAAUAGAUAAAAAUUAUUUUAUUAAAGUCUCAGAUAUAAUUAAUUUUUCUAUAUCACAAGGUGAUUCAAAAAAUUUUCAUCUCAGGUAUUCUAAUUUAUCAUCUUCUUCGCCCUCCUCGUCUUCUUCUUCACCAGUGGAGAAUAAUUGUCAAUCGAUAAGGGAUAAUGUAACAACAACUUCCAAGCUUAUUACUUCAUUAUGGCUACUUACAUUCACUAUGAAUGCUCAAGAACAAUCUAAUUAUUUUAUACCAUUUAAAGAUGGUGAUGAUAAACAGCAGAACAAUACAACAAUGGCUAGUGAUAGCACUAUCAAAGGAUCACCAAAAGAGAUUUCCAACUGGGUAGAUUUAUUCAAGAGUACAUUAAAACAGAUUGAAAUCAACAAUGAAUGUCAUCAUUUAGUGUUGCUGUUGUUCAAAUCGCAUUACAUAAAGUCUGUCCAGUUGAUUCACCUUAUCAUACAAAUAAAACAAUUCAUAUAUCAACUGAAUAUUAUCAAAUAGUGAAUAAGUGUUUAAUGGAGAUACUACAUCUCUCCACUGUCUUACAUCAUCAGAUAAGACAACAACAUCAGUUGAAUAAACAUGGAAUAGAUCAUUCGAACGUUGAUAAAAUUGUGAUCACCUUACAAUUGGGCUUUCAAUCGAUUCAUUGUAACUCAUCUUCUACUACUACUGCUACUACUACUACACCAUCGUAUGUAUCAACCGAUAAUGGAGGAGACAAUUCACCUAAAGCGAAAUGCCUUUCAUCAUAUGGAGAUGAAUUGUAGAAUACUGUUACCACACUUCUCUCUGUCUCUCUCUCUCUCUUCGUCUGUUUAUUGAAAAAAAAAGAAAAGAAAAAGAGUAACAUCGACAACUAAUGAGAGUUCAGAUAUGAACUUCUGUGUUACUGCUGGUAACUUUCAUAAUGAUCAUUUUCAUAAUAAUAAUAAUAGUAAUUAUUAUUAUUAUUACUAUCAAGCAUAGUUUAUAUCGUUUGUAUUAUUUGUAUCUUUUUAAGUUAUGAUAAUGUUGGUUUAGGCAAUUAAUUGUCUUCUCCUCAAUAAGUUAUACCUUCGAAUCCUAUCCACACCAAUACCAACUGUAGAAAUAUGCACUCGAUUACAUUUUCAAGUGUUUCU